AUGUUUCAACCUCAUCAUCGCGUCGACAUGGAUAGAACGGGAGCGUAUUCUAGCUCAACUCAGAAGUUGGCUUCUGCUCAAUCGUACCACAAUGGUAAACCGAACGCAAUGAUAACUAAGGUGUCAAUAUCACCAAAAUCAAAAUAUAUGUUAACAUAUAGACAAGAAAUCAAAUUAUUUGAGUUAUGGAGUAUCAAAAAUAAAAAUAAUUCGCCCAUUAAAGUCAUCAGCGUAACUUCAUACGAUGAUGUUCGUGACUUUAAGAUCUCUGACAAAAAGGUUAUUUUGUAUGAAGCUAAUUAUGAUGCUAAAGUAAAUUUCUUUAGUUUGAAAAAUCAAAUAAAAAUAACAAACAAAAUUUAUGAACGCUUUGAGUACAAGUAUACAAACAUUCUUAAAAAUGGAAAUUUUGUAUCAUUUAGUAAACCACUAGUUGCUACUUAUAAACCAUCAAAUAUUCGAACUAAGUCUGUUUAUGUAUUCAAGGAAGAAGUUAAUUAUGGCGGCGUUACAAACGAUAAGAUGUGGUUGACAUCUUUUGAUUCGAUAUUUAUAAUGGAUUUACAUACUUUUCAAUUUCAGAUGGUUCCCCUUUUUGAAAUGAACCUAAAUCCUAAACAAAUAGACUUUAAAUUUUCUGAAAAUUUAUUAAAUGAAUUUAUAAUGAAAGUCAAUGAUACAUAUCAUAUUUAUUCCAAUAAUGUUCCAGUUGGAAAGAUUACGGAUACAGAUGCUCGACAAUUUGAUUUUGCUGGAAGUAAUGAUGAACUUAUGAUUACAUUAUCAAGUGGUAACACCAUCAACAUUUACUUUUGGAAAUCAAAUUUAGAAAAAUCAAUUAACUUCAUUGAAUUAUUUGGAUCUGAAGAUCAAUUUAAACUUAUUGAAUUUAGAGGAAAAAAGGCCUUUGGAAUUUGUAAUGAAGAACCUAAGAUUAUUGAUAUUUCAGAAGAUUUGAAAGAUCACAUAGUUAAUGAUAAUAUGAAUAAUUCAAUCAUUAACGAAGAUAAUGAGGACAUGAAUUUAUUCAGCGAGAAUCUUUUGAUGGAUUUAAAUCAAAAUCUUAAUGUUCCUAUACAAGAUGAAAGUGAUUUUUUUAAAAAUUAUCUUACAUCGUAUUUGAUGAACCGUGAAACCACUGGAUAUAUCUUUGAAUUAAUUGAAGAAAGUCAAGAUAAAAUGAUUUUAAACGUUAAAGUUGACAAUGAAGAAUUUACAAGUUGCUUACAACACGUCGAAUCCUUGGAAUGGAAUUAUCAGAAAAUUAAUAAUACAUAUAUUGCACAUAAUGAAAAAGAAUUAUUUAUUUACACCUUUAAUUUAAGAUCCAAAGAAUUUCGAACGCAUCGUUAUGAUCUUAGAUUUUUAAAAUAUGCAAUUAAACAUUAUAAUAAUCGCAUAUUGGAUUAUUCAGACAUCGCUGAUAUAGUUGAUCCAUCUGAUGAUGAAAAUAAGAUUGACCAAUUAUUUGGUAAUAAUGAAUCAAAAAAGCAAUGGAUCAGUUAUCUAUUAAAUUCAAAAUACUAUUUCGCAUUAUAUGGAGGAAAAUUAUUAAAAUCAGCAAUUAAAAAAAAUAAUAUAGAUUUAUUAGGCAAAAUUUUUAACAAGACCAUUGAAACUUUUGAAGAAGAUCCGAAAAGUAAUAUUUACAUAUUAUCAAUAAUAUGUAACAAUAUUUCAUGCUUGAGUUACAAAUAUUCUGAUUUCAUUUCAAGAUACUAUAAUGAUGUGUCUUUAAUUACCCAUUUUUCGAAGCCAAAGAUUAUAUAUAACGAAGGUGUUGAACAUCUUCAUUCAUUUAGCAUGGAAUCAAACAUCACUAAAUUACCGCAUAAAAAAUUUCUUAAAUCUUCGUUUGAUUAUGAAUCAAUACCUAUGAUUAAUGUUUUAGUUCCCAUAGCACCUAUCCUUAUGGUUCUGGGAUGUCUAUUUUAUUAUAGGAUGGGUGUUUCUGAUGUAACUGCAUUAGCUGCAUUAUCUUUUUUUAAUUUAAUUCCUUUACUUAUGCAAUUUGCAUGCAUAUUAUCAAGGAUAUUUAUCAAAGUCAAAGAAAAAUAUAAUAGACCAAAAAUAUUGUUCUUAAUCCAAUACCCUUAUUAUGUUUCGUAUCCUCCCGAUUAUAAUUGGUUUAUUGAAAUAUUUUGGCCUCAAUCCAGCCCAUUUAUAAAAGCAAAUGAUAUUGAAUUGUAUAAAACCUGGAAUGGCGAAUCUUUAAUUAAUUUUAAAUGGACUGUAUUCGGAAGAUGGUAUUAUGCGUUUUGGUCAUCAUUAUCUCUUUUUUUGGGUCUGUUUCAACUUUUAUUUGAAAUUCGUCAAUUUAUUAUGGGUCCUAAUAAAUGCUUUCAAAAUAUAUGGAAUUGGUUUGAUUUAGGUGUUUAUUUAUUGCCCUCAUAUAUAACAAUCCUUUGGCUCAUGGAUAAAGAUAAUGAACAUAUACCUUAUCUAGUUUCAAUUGCAUGUCUUAUACUUGAUAUUAAAUUUAUACUUUUCCUUCAAGUAUUUGAAUCAUUUGGAGUUUAUUUUGCUAUUAUUAAAGAACCAAAAGAACAAUUUGGUAUAGAAAAUUUGGGAGAUUUAAAAGAUAGCAAUAAUCCUUGGAGACUUACAGAAAAAUACCAUCAAAUUUCUGAAGGACCAGAUGGAAAAUUUAUAUCAAAUUUUACCUUAUAUAAAGAACCUGAUGAGCGUACAAAUUUAUUUACAAAUUAUCUCGGUUCCCUUUUCGCGAUGUAUCUAUUAUUAACAGGAAAUAAUCCACUAGGUGCAUGGUCCCUUGAAGAAAAUAUUCUUUUGACCAUAUUGAUGGUUUUAUUUUCAUUUAUAGUUGUUAUAUUCCUUAUGAAUUUAUUUAUUGGACUAUUGAAUAAGGCGAUUGACGCUGAUGAUGACCGAGUGCAUUAUAUUGCACAAAAAGCAGAGGCUAGCAGAGUCCUUAAAAAAAUUGAAUUAUUUUAUCUGCUUCCGCAUCAAAGACGCUGGAAAUCAUGGUUUCCUGAUAUCGCUUUCUAUCAUGCUGAUGUUUAUAAAACUCGUCAAGCUGUAAGGAAAUCAAUUGCUGACAAAACUUAG